UUAGGAUUCAUUUUUAUUUAAUUACGUUAAUAAAUAGUAUAAUUAUAAAAACUAUGAAAUGACGUCUUAUCAUCCAUCAUAUUUAGGUGACAUAGUUCACUUAAAUGUUGGUGGUACUAGAUUUUCCACGUCACGUCAAACAUUAAUGGGAAUACCAGAUUCAUUUUUCACAGCACUGUUAAGUGGUCGUAUAUCCAGUUUACGUGAUGAAAAAGGUGCAAUAUUCAUAGAUCGUGAUCCAAAAUUUUUCUCAAUUAUUUUAAAUUAUUUACGCACACGUGAUAUUGAUUUGAAAAAUGUCGAUCUCCGAAUGUUACGCCAUGAGGCCGAAUAUUAUGGUAUUGCUCCAUUGGUACGACGUCUUAUGUUAUGCGAAGAGAUGACACAAUCUUCAUGUGGAGACGUACUAUUUUAUGGUUAUUUACCACCUCCAUUAAUUCCUGUUCAUGAUCAACCAAAUCCGCCUCAAGCUCAAUCAAGUACAACUGAAACAACGGGUGUUCAUAAUUCUAUGCGACCUGGAUCGAUUGUGCGUCUACCUAGUGAUAAUAAUGCUCCAACUGUAAAUACUUCAUCACCAGCCGCAAUUCCUAGUACAUCUAGUACAAAUCCAAACGUAUCCAUUCCAAUUCAUAGUGUACCAACUGCUUAUAUUCAACCCCAAAGAAAUGGAGUUAAUGCUGGGCAUUCACGAAAUUCUUCAUUCGAAUCGCGGAUAGGAAUUUCGACAAAUUGUAAUGGUGGUGUGGCUUCAAGAAGUUCGUCUGAUUUAAGAGGUUUAACAGCCCGACCACCAGCUAUAGCUGGGCAUUCACGAGCUGCAUCACUUGAUUUACGACAUGCAAGAAAUUCUUCGGCUGAUCUCAAUAAGUUCUUUCGCAAUGAUGUUGGCUUAGUUUUUGGAUCUCAUGUUUCUUCCUGGGGAGAUCCGUUAAGAGUGCAAAUAAUUAAAGCUCAUCAUAAUUGGAUUGUGGUUGCCUAUGCUCAUUUCGUAGUGUGCUACAGGUUAAAGGAUUCUUCCGGAUGGCAACAAGUUUUUACUAGUCCGCAUAUUGAACAAUGUAUUGAACGAGUUGCUGUAAAUGCAAAAUUAGGUGGGGGAGCUAAUAGUACAACGGGUACUGGAGAACAAGCUAGCAAAAUGGUUGCUGUGUCAUGUGGUAGUCAAGUACGUUUAUGGGGUGUGUCGGAAGAAGGAACCAGAACCAAUAUUGGUACGUUUAAUCUACAUGUACGUGUUGAAUAUUUAUUUUUCAUUGGAAGUCAAUUGGUGGCAUUAUCACCUACGGGAAAAAUUGGUGUUUGGCAUGCAAUGACACAACAUUGGCAAAUCCAAGAUGUUGUACCCAUCGCCUCAUUCGACAGUGCGGGUUCAUUUUUAUUAUUGGGUUGCAAUAAUGGAGCUAUUUAUUAUAUUGAUAUGCAAAAAUUUCCACUACGUAUGAAAGAUAACGAUCUUUUAGUUACUGAAUUGUAUCGUGAUCCGUCAAAUGAUCCAAUCACAGCAAUUUCAGUUUAUUUAACACCUAAAACAACACCUGAAAGGGGACGGGAAGGUUUAUGUGGAAAUUGGAUAGAAAUUGCAUAUGGAACACGAUCUGGUUCGGUACGCGUAAUCGUUCAACAUCCUGAAACUGUUGGCCAUAGUCCACAAUUAUUUCAAACAUUUACUGUGCAUCAGAGUCCAGUUACUAAGGUAACAUUAUCUGAAAAAUAUUUGGUAUCAGUUUGUUGUGAAUAUAAUCAUGUAAGAACAUGGCGUGUAACACGAUUUCGAGGCAUGAUAUCAACUCAGCCGGGAUCUACACCAGAUGCCUCAUUUAAAAUUGUUGCAUUAGACGCAGUUGAACCAUGUGUAGCACACGCCGCUGGAAAUGAUUGUGGGCCAUUUGGCGAACAAGAUGAUGAGCAAGUAUUUGUACAAAAAGUUGUUCCCGAUACAGAUCAAUUGUUUGUUCGAUUAGCUUCGAAUGGCAAAAGAGUUUGCGUGAUUAAAUCUGUUGAUAACACAACAAUUAGUUCCUUUUGUGUACACGAAUGUGAGGGAUCAUCGCGAAUGGGUUCACGGCCCAGACGAUUUAUAUUCACGGGUCAUUCAAACGGGGCAAUUCAAAUGUGGGAUUUAACUACAGCACUUGAUAUUGCUACCAAAAAUGAUCCAAUCGAUCAAUCAAAUGGUGGACCAACCCCUGAAGAAUUAUUACGUUUGUUGGAUCAAUGUGAUUUAAGUAAUAGUCAUUGUUCAACACCUUGUAUGUCGCCGUGCCCAUCGUUAGCAUUAUCGAAUGCAAUGUCUGUCGCAACAGCACGUAUAAAAGCUUGUAAUGUUGCAUUUUUAAAUCAACAAACAUCCGGAUCAUCUCAGGCACCUGUUUCGCAAAAUAUUCCUGUGCCUGAAUUUCAAACACAGCCACAAAAUCAACAAUUACAGCAACAAGCAUCGACAUCAUCAUCACAGGAUACAGCAUGAAAUUCAAGUUCACUUUAGGUUGAAUCAUUUAUUUUACUGAACUGUUAGAAAAAGUUUUUAACUCAAUGUUUAAUCAAUUAUUAUUUAGUUUUGAUUUAAACUUAUUUUUACCCCCAAAGACUUUGCCCUCAAAUUAAUUUUGAUAUUAAAAUGGUCUUUUUUAUUAGGAAAAUUGUUUGUUCCUAAAUAAAUUAUUUUAACUGAAUACUCUGUUAGAAUUUGACUUAUAUAUAAUAAAUAAAUCGCCCGUGAUUACUAAACUCAAAAAAGCUUGGCAUCUAUGGCAAUUUAUUGAUAGUAAGUUUAAUCUACCCUAUAUAUCCAGGGUCUGCAAGCUUCUAAAUAAUUAAUUCACUCAUUGGCAGCUUUAUUCACUACACAUUUAUUGAGAUCGAAAAUGAGUAAAAACCCAAAAUGAAAGUAAUCGUAAUCAAGUGCAUACCUACCUACUUCAUUCUAUUUAAUUCUAUUAAACCAAGAUGCUGUCAUAAUAAAAGGUACAGCCUGUGUGGUCUGCAGAUGGUCUUCAUUUGAGAAGUUUUUUUUUUAUUGUCAGGGCGUUUUCACACACAAUGGUGCUUGUAAAUUUAUUCCGUUUAUACCAUUGAGUAAAGCGAUUGAUUUUUUUUUUUUAAAUAAAAAAGGUUUUCGAAAUUUUUGUUCUUAGAAAGAAGAAAGGAAAAAUGCCAACAAUUAUUAGUUAAUUACUUCCGCUUGAAAAAAUAUUUUUCCACUUUUGAUUUAAUAACUCCAAAUAUAAAUUUUGUGAUAUCUACUGAACGGAAACUAAAUUGCAUUGGAUUUCAUUUUUAUAUGUGAAGCUACCUUUAUAAUUGUUUAAUCUUACAGGAUCUCUUUCUGAAAAACUUUUAAUGAAUCUCAGUACAUGUUUCCAAUGAACAAGAUCUCGCUAAUAAAAAUAAAAGCUUGAUUACUUCAGCUUUUGCGUU